CUUCCAGAUCCUUCUACAUCUCUCUCCUAUACUUCCACAUUUUCAUUAACAAUUGCUAUUGGCUUAGGAGAGAGAUCUAAGAGCCAAAAAAGAACAAUGGGCAAAAUACUAAUUGUCUUGUUAGUCUAGAAGAAUUAGUAACAGCGACACAGCUUGCAUAAGCAACUCUUCUCUUCAUCUUCUUCAAAUCAGUCAGUCGCCAAUAGCCAGGUGUGUCGAUGGAUAAAAAAGUCAUCCCUCCAGCGUCAUCCUCACAAGAAAAGGCAUGCCAAUAUUCAACGGAUAGAGCCAGCAUUAUUAAUAAUAGGCGAUGCAGUAUAUAUAAACAACUCUCAUCGGAUAAAAAAGAAGCACUUCUUCUGCAACGACGGAGAAGAUAUAGACAAUUGACCAACAAAAAUCUCCUCGGUCGUGCCCCUACUCCACUACCUAAUGUUCAACUUCAUUUCACUGCAGAAAAAGGUGUUACUAUUACAGAUAUACCGCCUCACCCUGAAACAGUUGUAUCGGGUAAGGCAAAAGAUAUGAUUGGUUGCCUAUCCAUCUUUGAAGUAGGCUCGACGUUGGCUGCACCCGUUAAACAACACAGCCCAAUAGCAAUCACUGUGACUACCAAAGGUUCUGCAUCACUUGCCCAUCAACAAUAUGAUCCAAAGGCAAUCACUGACAAAAACAACGGUAAUAGGUUAAGAAGUAUAUACUGUUGCAAUAUUAAACAACUCCCCAACAAUCCAAGCAUUUUAAAGAAAAUGCCUUCUUGUGAAUACUGUGCGGCAAAAAGAUUUCAAUAUGAAUCAGCAGGAUUUUGCUGCAGUAAUGGCACCGUUAAAUUAGCAUCACAUGAAAUGCCUACAGAUUUACUAAAUCUCUUGUUAGGAGACACUGCUGAAUGCAAACAUUUUCGUACCUACAUUAGAAUGUACAAUAACAUGUUUGCAUUUACUUCUCUUGGAGUAAAAUAUGACAAAGAGCUAGCAAAAAGAUACCAUGGUAUAUACACCUUUAGAGUUCAAGGACAAAUGUAUCAUUUCAUUAAUGAUUUUAUUACCUUCAAAUCAACAACCAAGAAAUCUACAAUUAUAUAUUUAUGAUGAUGAUACUGAAAUGUUGAAUUGUAUGGCUUCUUCCAGUAAUGCUGAUCAAUCACUUGUUAAAAAAUUAAUGAAUCUAUUAAAAAUAAAUCCUUACUGUAUCUUCCUAAAAUCUCUAAUGCAAGUUCCGAAAGUACCAAACUUGUAUAUUGCACUCAACUGUGACUCUACAUUAAAUCAACAAGUUUAUAACCUACCGACAGUCUCAGAAGUGGCGGCAAUAUGGUUAAACCAACAACCAAACAAUAGUAGCUCUACACCACAUAUUCAAAUUUAUCCUUGUAGCAACACAAAUCAAUUAGUCAAUUAUUACUAUGGUUGCUAUGAUCUCUUACAGUAUCCAUUGUUAUUUCCCUAUGGUCAAAAUGGUUGGCAUUGCGGAAUUAAAAGAGUUGAACAGACUUGCAAGAAAAAAAAACGAUCUCAAUGUGAAAAUGAACAACUUCCAACUUUAUCAAAUAUGUGUUCUAUUGAGGGACUGCUUGAUAUAGAAGCUAAAGUACUACAAAAAGGAAAACGAAAAGAGACGACAUUUCUUGUCGUGAAUACUAUUGUUAUAAAUUUCAAAUGAGAGAUAACGAAAUAAAUGGAGUAUUACAUUCAGGAAGACUUUUCCAACAAUACUCAGUUGACGAGUUCAUAAAAAUUGAAACUCAAAGGCUAGAUUUUGUCUCGUGUAAUCAGGAUUUAUUCCGGACUGAUCCAUUACAAGGGCUUAUUGAUUUUCAUAGACAUGGUGACAGAGAUGCUUCAAAAGUAGGAAAAUAAACAUUUCUUCCUGUAAGCUUUACAGGAGGUCCUAGAGAUAUGCGUCAACGUUAUAUGGAUGCUAUAACAUUAGUUCAACAUUUCGAAAAACCUGAUAUAUUUUUGACUAUGACUUGUAAUCCUUCUUGGCCAGAAAUAGAAGAAUAUUUACUAUCAACAGAUGAAGCUCAAAAUAGACCUGACUUGAUUUGCCGAGUAUUCAAAGCAAAAGUUGAGGAGCUAAAAACAGAUAUAUUAAAAAAAAACAUAUUUGGAAAAGUUGUUGCAUUUAUGUACACUAUUGAGUUUCAAAAACGAGGCGUUCCACAUGCUCAUUUCCUUCUAAUUCUUAAUGAUGAUUUCAAAUUAAUUACUCCUGAAUCAUAUGAUCAAGUUGUUUCUGCUGAGCUUCCUGAUAUAAAUGAAAAUCCUUACUUACAUAAACUUGUUAAAAAACACAUCAUGCAUGGCCCUUGUGGUUAUUUAAAUCCUACAAAUUCAUGUAUGAAGAAAAAAGGAUUUUUGCAAAUUCAAGU